AGUAAGCAAUUCCCCACUUCCUCGUUCGUUCACCUCACCGAACCAAAGUCAACAUGUCUGGACGCGGCAAGGGCGGCAAGGGCCUGGGCAAGGGCGGUGCCAAGCGCCACCGCAAGGUGCUUCGCGACAACAUCCAGGGCAUUACCAAGCCCGCUAUCCGCCGUCUGGCUCGCCGUGGCGGUGUGAAGCGUAUCAGCGGCCUCAUCUACGAGGAGACCCGCACCGUGCUCAAGACCUUCCUGGAGAACGUCAUCCGUGACUCGGUCACCUACACCGAGCACGCUCGCCGCAAGACCGUGACCGCCAUGGACGUGGUCUACGCGCUCAAGCGCCAGGGCCGCACGCUGUACGGCUUCGGCGGUUAAGCGGCCAGCCCCAGCCGGCACGCUGCGCACACUGUUGCGGUCCCUGUGACCCGCAAUAUCAAAACAAACUCGGUGUUUCUCAACACCACCCUUUGUUGGUGGAUACAGCUUGGGCGGGGGAAGGCUGUGGAUAUUGAUUGUGCACACAGUUUGGGUGGUGUACUUGUUCUCGCGUAUGCCUCAUUGCACUGCAGAAGGGUGACACGUGGACCCAGGGCGAAGCGCAUGUGCAUAGGAAGCGGGCAUGCGGACAAGGCCCCGCGCUCACACGUGGGGUGCGCGUCGUAGGGCUCCAGACAAACAUUAGGUGCUGAUCUGGUGGAGGCCAAUACCAGUACGGGACAACGCCAACCCUGCCCUGGACCCUGUCCCAUUGUGACCAACCGAGUACCAUCGUGUCAGUGUAACGUGUGGAAGUC